AUGACAUCGUACAAUUAUGCCACGAUCACCGAAGCAGCUAUAUACAAACGUCCGAAACAAAGUGGACCUAAUCUCGUUGGUCACUGGGGUGUCAUGGUCAAUGUAGAAGGCCAUGGUAAAUAUCUUAUUCAUAAUACGCCUGAAUCAGGUACAGUUGCUACAGCGGCAAGUGACAUGAGCCCAAAAUGGAGUUUAGUAUCUUCCCUUCCAGUUCGUAGUAACAAAACGAUUCGCGGUUGUAUGCAAGCGUCCGGUGGUGCUCAUACGAACUAUGUAUCAUCCGCUUUAGCAAGAUACAUUAUGGGAGACACAUGUGUAGGUACUGCUGCAGCUAUUGGACAAUAUUUGAUAGACUGA